AUGCUCAACCAUCCAGACAAUGACUUCGUGACAAGACUAAUAGCAGGGAUGACAAAGGGAUUCUUUACGGGUAUUCAAAACCCUCCUGCUCAAUCAAAAUUCUGCAAGAAUCUCAUCUCUGCCAAUAAGGAUCCAAAUGCCACUAAUAACUUAUUACAAACGGAGCUAAAUAAGGGUUACCUUAUUGGUCCGUUCACAGAGUCCCCGUUUCCCUAUCAUCGCAUCAAUCCCAUAGGGAUCGUGGAAGGCAAGUAUUCUCGGAAACAACGCAUGAUUGUUGAUUUAUCAGCACCGCAUAACGACCAUCACAAUCCCAGUCUAAACUCCCUCAUCGACAAAGAACAGUACUCCCUGGUGUAUGUCAAGCUGGAUGACGCCAUACAAAUCAUCAAACAUCUUGGACGACACGCCUAUCUGUGCAAAGCUGAUAUUGUGGAUGCUUUCAAACUGAUACCCAUACAUCACUCUCUCUGGCAUCUACAUGGUAUCCAUUGGGACAAUUGCUUGUACUACUUUACCAGACUGGUUUUUGGAUCCAGAUCCAGCCCUAAAAUUUUUGACCUGUUAUCUCAAGCCAUCUGUUGGAUCGCAACCUACGUGUACCACAUUCCUCAUAUUCUUCAUCUACUUGAUGAUUUUCUCACAAUUGACGCAAAUAAGAACGAGGGCAAUGCAACCAUGAGCAAAUUGCGACAUCUCUUCAACAAUCUCAAGAUUCCUUUGUCACCAAGGAAAACAAUUGGCCCUACGACAUGUUUAGAGUACCUUGGUAUCAUCCUGGACACUGACAAGAUGGAAGCGCGACUCCCAGCUGAUAAAGUAGCUAGAAUCUUUGCUGUCGUCGAUUCAGUCCAAGAGAGAAGGAAGGUCACCAAACGACAACUGUUGAGUGUGUUAGGACAUUUAAAUUUUGCAAUGCAGGUAAUUAAACCAGGUAGAGCCUUUGUUAGCUACCUGCUCAAGCUGGCACAUUCUGUCCCCCAGCUACAUCACCAUGUCAAUAUUACCCAGGAGUGCAAACUAGACUUCUCGAUGUGGCGUUCAUUUUUAACAGACUGGAAUGGCAUAUCAUUCUUCUACGAGGACGAGAUCGCAGCACCAGAGAUAGAACUCUACACAGAUGCAGCAGCAUCCAUCGGUUAUGGUGCUUAUUAUCAGGGUAAAUGGUUCGCACAGCAGUGGCAAACAGACUUGCUCGAUAUCCUGAAUGGUGACCUGUCAAUAGCACUACUUGAACUGUAUCCAAUUGUCAUGGCUGCUGCAAUUUGGGGAAAUUACUGGUCAAGGAAAAACAUUAAAUUCCAUUGUGAUAACAGUAGCACCGUAGAGAUCAUCAAUAAGUGUAGAUCAAAAUCACCUUUCAUCAUGAGACUGGUCAGAAAGCUCGUACUGACCGCUGUUUGUGGUAACUUCCAUUUUGUUGCUGCUCAAGUACCAGGUAAAGAUAACUGCAUAGCUGAUUCUUUAUCUCGAUUACAGAUGGACAGAUUCAAGAAGCUAGCUCCCAAGGCAGACAGUGUGCCUACCCCAUGUCUUCCAAUCACAGCAAUCACCAUUCCACCUGCUCAGAUCUCAACAAACUCUGGUCACAAGCACUCUCCACGAAAACGCAGGCGGUUUAUAAAUCAGGACUUCAUAAUUUCCUGA